AGACAGUAGCGAGGAGAGGACUUUCUGCACAUUUCCGCAGCAACCAAUCAUGACGUUUGCUCCUGUAGUCACGUGAUUGUAAACAUGGCUGCGCGCUGUUGAAAGUCAUGCGAUAACUCUUGGAUAUCAUUCCUUAUUUUCAUCUUUUUCAAUUGUAACUUAUUUGCAGUUAUAUAAACGUUUGUCUUGAUAUAUAUUGCCAACAAUAUUGCCAUGGACCCCGCCGGACAGCUACGAAAUUUGCGGGACUUCCUCCUCGUUUACAAUCGCAUGACGGAAAUCUGCUUCCAGCGAUGCACAAGCAAUUUCAACUACAGAAAUCUGACAAUGGAUGAGGAGCGAUGUGUUGACAGUUGUGCUGGCAAGUUAAUAAGGACCAAUCACCAUUUAAUGGGCACGUAUGUGCAGCUGAUGCCCGCGAUGGUGCAGAAACGAAUGCAGGAGAUGGAGAGCAAAGCUGCAGAAGUAGCAAAAGCUGAAGCUGCAGCACAAGGAGGUGCUUCAUCAUUAGAAAAUCCAUCUACUGCCAUCACAGCAACAACACCAAUGCUUGAGAGCCCACAGAUACCUUCAGUUUCUAAUAAUCCAUCAGAUAUAAAGACAAAUGUCUCAGCUUUUGGACAAACACAAUCAUUGACAGAUGUGCCCACAGUACCAAACAAUUCACAAACCUUUACAAAUGAGUCUUUAGAAGGACUAGUAGCACCAUCACUAGAGAUCUCAACAUCUUCUAGUGUACCUAAAGUAGAUGGAGGUCCCAUCUUGAGUGCAGUAGAAAAACUCAAUCUGAAGCCCAGCAGUGUAACAACCACAUCAAUCCCUGAAACACGGUCUGAAGGGGGAGCAGGACAGAGCCCCCAAAAUCCAUCUUGAUCUUGAGACAUGGCAGAGAAGAUAUGUCUAGGAGAUUUUGUUUAUGUUGCAUAUUCAGUCUUAACAGCCAAAAGUCACAAAAGCCUUUUAAAGACCGUUGAUCAUGGAAUGGGUUUCAUAAAUAUUUAAAUACCUCUACUAAAACAGUGAAUAACUAGGUACUGCCGGCUAACAUGUGUCUUUUAAUAAAA